UAUUAGCGAUUGGAGCUCUAUUUUAGAUAAAAGGGAAACAACUUUUGAACUUCGGAGAAAGGACGUGGAAUUGAUGGAGACGCGAAAAUUUAUGGAGGAAUGGCCAAAAUUUCGUGACAGUCGGGCUAUGGAGUUGUUUUUAUAGACGUAGUUAUUACUCUGUGCGUAUAUAUGAGGUGUCAGUGUAGUUGUGUACAGUGCAUGUCUAUGUGUAUCUGUGGGGCAAAUUUUGUCGCAGCACGCUAAUUUUAAGAUAGGUUGACAACAUUGAGGCAUUUUCGGUGCAACACCCCUAUACCAUCCCCUCAAGCCGACGAGCGCAGCCUCUGCAACGCAAAAGCAAGGAAACACAGACUUGCUAUCCUGGAAGAAUCGGAAACUGAAUCUGAACAGGAUUUGAAUACUAAUAGCAUUAUCGCUCAAAAUGAAUUUAAAAACGAUCUAAAGGGAAAUAUUAGCGAUUGGAGCUCUGUUUUAGAUAAAUGGAAAACAACUUUUAAACUUCGGAGAAAGGACCUGGAAAUGAUGGAGACGCGAAAAUUUAUGGAGGAAUGGCCAAAAUAUCGUGACAGUCGGGCUACUGAGUUGCAGUUAACCUUGGAGUUUUCCUUGUUGUACCCAAGCCGCGAAGCUUUAAUGCCAGGAAAGUGGGAUGACUUUCGAACCAGGAUACUGGAUUAUUAUAGGGACAACAUUAACCCUAUAUUCAAGGAGCUGUACAAGAAAUUACCUGCUGCACAAAACAUGGACUCGACGGAUUAUAUGAUAACGACUUUGCUCCCUGCGGUGCUGGCGCCCACAACAUGGUACAAGGAUGCAAGAGGACAACGGAAAAAAUUCAGCAUGAUGGACUCCAAGGAAAGUUUGGUUCUUCGCUUGCCAGAAGGCACAGAAGUGAGCCAGAUUGAUUUACAAAUUAGGGACAUUAUGUUCAACAACUACGGGUAUAACUACCCAAUUCAACCCCUUUUAAUUGUUGAGGGUUCCGAUUCUAUUGACAAAGAACGCAUCAAUUACGCCAAUCGUCAUACCCUGGCAAACACGCGUGAAGGACGUUUGCAUGCCCAGGAAUUGCGCCAAAAACAAAUGAUGGAUGCGGAAGAGCUGCUCUACGGUCCAGGGAUUGCCGAGUAA